AUGGUUCGUAGUCUACCAGGACGCAAAAAAUGCACAACACCGAAAUAUACGGCUUGUCCGUCCAUGAGUCUUGUCAGAGAUGCAUCAGGCCUCAGCACUGACGAACUCAAGUUUCUUGAGGAGCGGAAGAGCAAAGCGGAUGCUGCUUUGAUUAAUUGGUUGUCCAGAACGAGCGACCAGUUUGACGUUGAGGAUGUCAAGUUACCAACGAUUGGAUUGACUACCAGUGGUGGAGGUUACAGAUCCAUGCUUACUGGAGCGGGUGUCAUCCAAGCCAUGGAUGAAAGGGACAGCAAUGGAAGCUUAAGUGGUCUAUUCCAGGCAUUGUCCUAUCAGGCUGGCCUCUCUGGAGGUGGCUGGCUGCUAUCUUCCUUUGCCGGGAACAACUACCCGACCAUUUCGAAGCUGCGGGAAGAUCUUUGGGAAGAGACUUUUCAGAACGGGCUUCUGACCCCGGAAAAUGGGAAUGCGCCUGAGAUCUACAAGCAGAUUUUCGCCGACGUGGCUGCAAAGGAUACAGCUGGGUUUGACACUACCCUCACCGACCCAUAUGGCCGUUUGCUCUCCUAUCAAUUCUUCCCAGGCCCAGACUAUGGCGCGAACCUCACGUUUUCGUCCGUGGCGACCCUAUCCAACUUCACAGACCAUGCUGUACCCUUCCCCAUGAUAGUUAGCCUAGGCGUGAAGACGUUCAACGGGGAGAGCCUUCCAGGUCCCAACGCGACAAUAUACGAGUUCAGCCCUUUUGAAUUUGGCUCGUGGGACAGCGACGUGAGCGCUUUUGUCCAGACAAAGUACCUGGGCACAUCCAUCACAAGCGGCAACCCAACCAACAAAAGUGGCUGCGUGACAGACUACGACAAUAUCGGAUACGUCCUCGCAGUUUCCUCGAAUGUCUUCAACUACGCCGCCGGAUCUAUGCCCAAGAGUUCCCUCCUGACCACGGAACUCAUGACCAACGUGCAAUCACUCCUAGUCGACGUACAUGAAACAACCACCGAAGAUUUCUUUGCAGUGUUUUCCAACCCAUUCAAUGGCUACAAGUCAGCCACCAUGGAGCUGAACACGGCGAAUCUAAUUACGGAACAGGAGAAACUGCACCUUGUGGACGGAGGCGAAGCACUGCAGAACAACCCCAUAUGGCCCAUGUUGCAGCCAGCUCGCGGCGUCGACGUGAUUUUCGUCAACGACAACAGUGCCGAUACCAACGACAAUUGGCCAAACGGCACUGAGAUCUUGACGACCUACACGCAGUCCUUCAACCAGGGCUUGACCCGCAUGCCUUACAUCCCAGAGGUCGCCACUUUUAUCAAAAAAGGCCUGAACAAGCGCGCAACGAUCUUUGGAUGUGACGAAGCUGAUAAAAUCACCAUUGUCUACCUGCCAAAUAACGCUCAAACGUACAUGAGCAAUAUGGCCACCUCAAAACUCCAAUACUCGAAAAUAGAGACUCGGAGAAUGAUCGAAAAUGGCAUGGCAGUGGCCACGCAGAAUGGUGACGAGGCUUGGGGCUCAUGCUUGGGUUGUGCUAUUCUCAAAAAGACCGAUACCAAGUUGCCACGAGCGUGUGAUACAUGCUUUAGCAAGUACUGUUAUCGAGAUUGA